AUGUUCUACAAAGUGUUUGCUGCCAUUUUUGCUGCACUCGGUGCAUUCUUCCUCACAUAUUCAUACGCCCUCAACCGCAGCAGGCUGGCCGUCCGACUCAAGAGAAGUGGAUAUUACCGAUGUCCCCAAUACCAGCACAAGAAUAUCUUGUCGGGCUCAGACUAUCGAACAGAUGUAGCAGCUGCGGCCGCGAACGGCACUCGAGCAGACUGGACCCGUGAGCAAUUCGCCAAGUAUGGCAAGACUUUCGAAACCAAGAUAUGGCGCCAGCGUGUGUUCCAGACUUGCGAUUCAGUGAACACACAGGCGUUAUUAACUGCAUCUACGAGGGAGGUUGGCGUUGGUCCAUCGCGUGUUGGACUAGUGGAGUGGUUGGGACCUGGUGCUUUUACCGUGGACGGAGAGCCGUGGAGGUAUGCGCGGGAUAUGCUGAAGCCAGUCUUCAAGAAGACUGCUAUUACAGACAUGAGCCGUCUGAAGAAACAUCUGGCUUGCAUGCUAGAUGCGCUGGAGCGUGAAAACCUUGAGGUCGACUUGCAGGAGCACUUCAUACGAAUGUUCCUCGACUUCUCCAUGGAGCUACUCAUUGGCCAGGACAGCAACACCGUGAGCGGUGACGCUUCAAAGGUCGAUGCACAGUACUUUACCUCCGAAUGCGACAAGGCCCAGUUUGAAUGUGUGCGCUCAGUGCAGCCUUGGCUUAUCCGCUGGUGGAAGGGAUGGACCCAAGACGAGAACCACGCGAUCCGCUCCACACAGUCCUUCAUGGACAAGUACGUGGAUUCGGCCGUUCAAGACUUCGAGACCUCAGAAGGCGGUCCGAUCUUACGCACGCACGCUUUUCUCGACGACCUAAUCGGGGAAGCUGGUACCAAGGAUCGAUUGUUCCUGCGAAAUCAGAUGCUCAACUGUUUCAUGCCUGGCAGRGACUCUGUAGCAAUAAUGGCCAGCCAUGUCAUGUUCCGCCUCGCACGCCACCCAGAGGCAUACCAGAAAGUGCGGCAAGAAGUACUCGCUGCCGGGUUCGAGGAUGAAUCGAUGUCUUACGACGCCGUCAAGAAGCUAGCAUAUACCAACGCUGUCAUCAACGAAGCGAUGCGUCUUGGUGGCCCUCCAAAUGGGCAGACCGGGCGCGACGUACUCUCUGAUAUCGUUCUUCCACGAGGCGGUGGCAUGAACAUGGACCAGCCAAUUCUCAUACCAAAGGGCUCCAUCGUAUAUGUCCAAAUACAGGCCCUUCAGCGCGAUGAAGACACGUGGGGUCCAGAUCCACACUCCUUCCGACCCGAGCGCUGGAUUGGCACGUCAAAGUCUUCGCCGGGUCAGGCGUAUGAGUACAUGCCUUUCGGAGGCGGGAAGCGGACUUGUCCAGCCAUGGCGCUGGUGAUGGGUGAGUUGGCAUUCAUUCUUGCGACGUUUGCGCUGCGAUUUCGCGAGAUUCAGAACCGGGAUCCGGAGCACAGGCUAUUCGAGGCUGGGUCUAUCGUUAUGAAGAUCCGGAAUGGUGUGCUCGUCAAGCUGGUGCGGUGA